AUGUUGUUAUUCGGGAGUAGUUUGGGCAUAACUAGCCUUGGUGAAGGCAGUAAAAAUAGCAAUACAAGCAAAAUUGGCCGAUAUGGUGUUGGAUUUAAUACAGUUUAUCGUUUAACGGAUGUUCCCACAUUUAUUUCAUCAGAUAAAUUUGUUAUAUUUGAUCCUUUACUUAAACACAUGCCAUCAGUUACAAAACGUAAUCCAGGUCGUCAAUGUAAAGUAAAACUUCUCGAAAAGUUUUUGGAUGUAUUGCACACAUUUUUGCCAUCCAGUUUUGAUUUAAGAAAUGGCACUAUAUUUCGCAUACCAUUACGAGUUAGCCAGUCUGAAAUAUCCGACAAGGUCUAUAGACGUUCACGCAUGAUCAAACUUCUCUAUUGUCUGGUUGAUGAACUUCCAACAUAUUGUGUUGAUAUUUCAUCGACAAGAUCUGGUACAAAGUCGUACUUAAUUGCUGACGGUGUUGGUUUUACAUCAAUGCAUGUACAUGGUUACUUUUAUCUAAGUAAUGAAAGUCGAUACAAUUUGUGGAAAACUGAUAAUGUAAACGAUGUCAGACGACUGUGGAAUGAAGCUCUAGCAGAGCAUUUAUUAAGUCAAGGCUAUGUGCAAAUUGUUUGUCGUGCAGCUGAACAAGUUCAAAAACACUCAUUGUCGAUUGAACGAUACUUGACAUUGUUCGUAGAUGGAACAAACAAAGAGAAUCUUAUUCAGCUAUUAAUCAAAAAUGCAUAUGAAACAUUCUUCAAUCAAGAUUUAUUUAUUAUCCCAACGCUUAGUCUCCACGUAUUUCCACGUAUUGAAUCUACACGUAUUUUCGUGUGGACUUAUGCAUCGGAUUCUAAACUACGUUUUAUAAGAAAGUUCAACUUAUUUGUUUCCAAGUCAAAAGAAUGUAGAGAUGAAUGUAUUACUGAAUGUCUUAAUUCGUUAUUGUUGAUUGGUUUGAAAAUUUGUGAUCGACCGAAACUGUUGGAUUUAUUAAAAAAUGACAAAAAUAUCAUGUAUGAUCUCAACGCUGUCAAACUAUGCGAUGAAUUGCGUGCAUAUCGCAGCUUGCACCAGAAAGAAAUAUUACCAAUUGAACGUACAGCAGUUUUGAUGAAAAAAAACGUAUAUACGGCUUGCAUAAUGUGA